GUUGGUGCUUCCAAAAGGAAGCCUCCACAGAGCAGCGGCUGACGUCACGAUGGGUGGGCCGUCUGUCGUCUGGGCCACUUGACGCUGCCGUAUUUAAAACGUGUGAGGGUCUCAAGAGGAGCGGAGAACAGAGCCAUUUGCCUCCGACCCAGAGAGCCUCUACUCUCCGCUAACCACUGCACUCUGAAGCCGAAUUCCUCAUGGUCAGCCAGCAUGAACUUCAUGUGGGAAAUAACUGAGCGAACGCACUUCAUUCCAUCUCUUCCUUGACGUUUCCGUGUGCUGGUGUGAAUCUCCUUCGGUGUGGCGAUGGCCGACAGCUCGCAGUGUUUCUACUGUCGGGAGGACCUCGGCGGUAAGCGGUAUGUCCGCAGUGAGGGCAGAACCGUGUGUGUCCGCUGCCACACCAAGUUCUGUGCACACUCCUGCGCCGAGUGCCAUCGACCCAUCUCCGUGGAAACCAAGGAGCUCAGCCACAAGGGCCGCUACUGGCAUGAGGAGUGUUUCCGUUGUGCCAAGUGUUACAAACCUCUGGCCAAGGAGCCGUUCAGCACCAAGGACGACCGCAUCAUGUGUGGAAAGUGCUGCUCCAGAGAAGACGCUCCGCGCUGCCACUGCUGCUACAAACCCAUACUGGCAGGAACAGAGAGUGUGGAGUACAAAGGCAACUCCUGGCACGACGAAUGUUUCACCUGUUUCAACUGUAAACGGCCAAUCGGCUCGCAGAGUUUCCUCUCCAAAGGAAGUGACCUUUACUGCAGCCCCUGCUAUGACAAGAAGUUUGCUAAACACUGUGUUGGCUGCAAAAAGACUAUCACCUCUGGAGGAGUGAACUACCAGGACCAGCCGUGGCACAGCCACUGUUUUGUGUGCAGCGCCUGCUCAAAGUCUCUGGCAGGGUUGAGUUUCACCAACCACCAGGACCAGGUCUUCUGUGUCGACUGUUACAAGAGCUCUGUGGCGAAGAAGUGCAGCGGCUGCCAUAACCCCAUCACAGGUUUUGGUAAAGGAGUGAACGUGGUGAACUACGAGGGCGGCUCCUGGCACGAGUACUGCUUCAACUGUAAGCGAUGCUCCCUCAGUUUGUCCAAAAAGCCCUUUGUCACUAAGGGAAGAGACGUCCUCUGCACCGACUGUGGCAACAAGUAGAGGAUGGGGAGACGGAUGUGGAGAGCAACUGCAGUGAAUGCAGUUUUAUUUUUAUUUUUGUCAUUGCUUUGCUUAAGGUUGACGUUACAGGUUGUUUUAAGAAAUCAUAUCUCACAUGUUGCUGUCAGACAAUACUGUACAUAACUGAAUAUGUAUUAUUUUUUUCACCUUCUUUUAGCACAAAUUACUGCUCCUGUUAAAAAAUGUGUUGUUUAAAAUGUGAUAUUUUCCUUUGACCAAAAAAAGUUUGUUGUUUUAAUCUCUACAUGUACUUUCAGAUUAUCAAUAGAGUUGAUACGGUUGUGUGUAUGUUUUUGUUUUUGUUUUUGUUUUUUAUUAAAUAAACUCCUCUGCA